AUGAACUUUCAGUGGAACAUUUUGCUGUUGGGCGUAGUUUUCUUACUGGCCAGUGUCCGGGCAAGCAGUUUGCCCGGAGUACCGAGUAGCUUCACCAGUGAGGAGAGACUCACCUCAGCCAUUUCAGCCAGCGUUGCGGAUGAGAUUAGCCAAGAGAUGGUGAAGUAUCUGAAAACGGGCGUAGAAUCAGCAAGAUUACAGCAAUUGGGCGCUGAAUUGCGCACGUCUCACAGCAAGAAGGAUAUUUUUACCGAGCCACUGGUGGAUCUGAGUGCAGCUGAUCAGUUUUUUACGUGUACAAUCUGCCGUGCCACAGUCAAUGUAUUCGUGCGUACCCUUACGGGACCCGAUGGCGAACUCACUGGACCGAAUCGGGAUCAGAAUGCCAAGAAGACGAUGCUUACCUUUUGUGACUAUUUCAACAUACAGACACAGGAAGUCUGCUCCGGUCUAUUCGAUCUGAACUGGCCCAUUUUCGAUUACAUCUUCAAUGAGACGAUUGCUGAGUCGAAAAGCGUUUGUGGCAUGCUACCCAUCAAGAUAUGCCAGGCGGAUCAGUCGGAGUACAUCGUUAAUUUGGAAAUUGUCGGUGAUAUGCCCACCGAAUCCAAGUCUGGAACGCCCGACCGCAGCGACAAGGAUUUCAAUGUUCUUCAUCUAACCGACAUCCACUAUGAUCCGGAGUACAAGAGCGGCGGUUUGGCGGACUGUGAUGAGGGCAUGUGCUGUCGGGAUCCACUCCCCACCAAUGCCGAGUCAGAUGGAGCAGGAUAUUGGAGUGACUAUAGGAAUUGCGACACACCCAGGUACCUGAUCGUUAACGCCUUCGAGCAUAUAAGUAAGACGCACAAGCUAGAUUGGAUUUACCACACGGGCGAUGUGCCGCCACAUAAUGUCUGGUCCACCACGAGGAAGGGCAAUAUGGAUAUGCUGACGGAGAUCGAUGCCCUUCUUACUGAGCACUUCCCCAGCAUUCCAGUCUAUCCCUGUCUGGGCAAUCACGAGCCACAUCCAGCGAAUGUAUUUGGCAAUGAAAAUAUACCAGAUAAUCUCCGUGUUGAUUGGCUCUAUGGGCACGUGUGGAGCCUGUGGUCCAAGUGGCUGCCCAAGGAAGCUGAAACUACCAUACGCCGCGGUGGUUAUUACACCCUUUCGCCCCGUGAAGGCCAUCGGAUCAUUGCUUUGAACAGCAUGGACUGUUAUCUGUUCAAUUGGUGGCUCUUGUACGAUGGUUCUAUUGUGCUGGAACAGCUGCAGUGGUUCCACGACACACUACUCGCUGCCGAGAAGAGUGGCGAACAUGUCCAUAUAUUGACCCACAUCCCAUCGGGCGAUUCCGACUGCUGGACGGAAUGGUCCCGAGAAUAUAAUCGCAUUGUGGCUCGCUUCAGCAAGGUGAUCACGGGCAUCUUUAAUGGACACACGCACAAGGAUGAGAUGAAUGUGCAUUAUACGGAAACAAAUUUGGCCGCGGCCGUCUCCUGGAAUGGCGGCAGUCUGACCAGUUACUCCUACAAGAAUCCUAACUAUCGUGUAUACGAGCUGCAUCCGGAGACGUUGCAGGUGCUUGAGCAUCAGACUUGGACAUUCAACCUAACCGAGGCCAAUCUGAAUUCAAAUGUGUCGCCCAAUUGGUACAAGGAGUACGAGUUCCGGCAAGAGUUCACCACCGACACAAGUCCCGACGGCAUCGACAAGCUGCUCGAGAAAAUGGCCAAGGAACCGAAUAUCUUGCGCAAAUUCUGGCGUUACAAGUUCACCAGUGCGGAUCCCAAACUGGACGUCGGCUGCUCUGAUAGCUGCUUGAGCACCACCAUCUGCCGCCUCGCAACCAGCAAUUACCAGGAUAAGCAACGCUGUCGCGAACUCCAAGCCAUACUUAAGUUGAGUCUUGAGAACGAGAAUAAGGACGAUGGUGCAGCCACAUUGAUGCCUUACAGCGUCACCACAUUGAUGGGUUUACUGUGUCUGCUUCGCUUUUGGCUUUAAUUGCAAUUGAGUCGUCCACCGUUAAUCCUUGAACAAUGUCAUCAUGCAUGGCUUAUCUUGGUUGGCUGUGUCGCUCAAUGAUUAUAGUUGGCUUAUUUAUAGCAUAUCGUUAUUAAUUAGUUCGAUUAGCAACUGCGUCCAUAAAUUGCGCCAUAAAAACACGUCCAAUAAUCGACGCGAAUAAAGACCCCUAAUGAAAACGAAA